AUGGGCGCGCUUUUAGACCCCAGCGCCGUCAAGGUCUACACCGUCAACGGAGAAGCCUCAAAUUCCUCCUCUUACCUUCCAGACUGGCUCACCCAAAAACGCGCACUCAAGGGGAAGGGCAAGAGCAACAAGAUCAAGACGACCCGGGACGGACACCAUGCUAUCGCGACCGGGACCUACAAACCGCAAAUCCGUGUAUGGGACCUCGACCAACUCUCACUCAAGUUCGAGCGACAUACAGACGCAGAGAACGUUGACUUUGUUGUGAAUGCUCUCGAUGAUUGGACCAAGUCCAUACACCUUCAAGCAGACCGCUCCGUCGAGCUGCACACCCAAGGCGGCUUCCACUACCGCACGCGAAUACCACGCUUUGGUCGCUCUCUUGCCUACCACUUCCCAUCCUGCGAUGCCCUUUUAGCCGCAACUGGCCCUGAUGUCUUCCGCCUCAACCUUGACCAAGGACGGUUCCUCAACCCACUACAUCUGGAAGGCGACGGAGGCGAGAACAUCAUAGGCGUCAAUUGCAUCGACAUCAAUCCAGCACACCAACUUUUCGCAUUCGGUAUUGAUGGCAAUGGCACCGUUGAGUUCUGGGAUCCUCGGUCUAGGGCACGGGUCGGUAUCCUUCGAUUACCUCGCGAACGUCUCCUCCCCGUCAACGCCAUUUCCUCGCUUCCUGGCGUCGACGACUCUGGCCCAGCCCUCUCAGUAACGGCACUCGCGUCAAGACCUGAUGGUCUUUCAUACGCUGUGGGGACUUCCACGGGACACACACUCCUCUACGAUAUCCGCUCGGCACGACAUCUAGCACUCAAAGAUCAAGGAUAUGGAUUGCCUGUGAAGAGCGUAUGCUGGAUUGAAGGGGGGAGCAGGAUGGUGGGCGAGGGAUACUUGCUCAGUGCAGACAAGAAGGUCAUCAAAAUCUGGAACCGGAAUUCGCCCGAGUCGAACUUCACCUCCAUCACCCCCGCGAACGACAUCAACGACGUCAACCACAUCCCGGGAACUGGGCUCCUCAUGCUCGCGAACGAGGGCAUCAAGAUGACGUCUUUCUUCGUCCCCCAACUCGGCCCUGCGCCCAAGUGGUGCAGCUUCCUCGAGAACCUGACCGAGGAGCUCGAGGACCAGACGACGCGCACCGCAUACAAGGACUACAAGUUCGUCGACCGCGCGGAGCUCGCCAAGCUGCGCCUGGACCACCUCGUGGGCACGCCCGCGCUCAAGCCGUACAUGCACGGCUACUUUGUCUCCCUCCAGCUCUACGAUACCGCGCGGCUCAUCGCGAACCCGUACGCGUACGCAGAGCACCGCGAGCGCAUGGUGCAGGACAAGCUCGACAAGCUCGCCGAGACGCGCAUCCGUGCGCGCAAAGGCGGCGCCGGCACGGCAAGCGUCAAGGUCAACAAGGCACUCGCCGAGCGCGUCAAGAAGGAGGAGGUGCGGGCGCAGAAGCAGGAGGAGCGCAGGGCCGCGCGGAGGGCCAAGGCCAAAGCGGCGGAGGGUGGGGGAGAAGAGGGAGAGGAAGGCGCCGAGGACGGGGAGGAGGGCGCCGAGGAGGCGAUGGAGGUCGAUGGAGACGUGGCGAAGUCGGGCUUGCUCAAGGACCCGCGGUUCGCGGCCGUGUUCGAGGACCCGGAGUUCGAGGUCGACGAGACGACCCGGGAGUUCGCGCUCCUCAACCCGUCGACGGUGGCGCGGCGACAGAACCCCGAGGCGGGCCCGAGCAGGGGCAAGACGGCGGUGGAGGACGAGGAGGACGACAGCGACAAGGCGUCCUCCGACCCACUCAGCGAGGGCGAGGGGAGCGAAGAGGACAGCGAGAACGGGAGCGACGACAGCGACGAUGAAGGGAAGUUGUGGAACGACGGGUUCGACGCCCGCGAAGCCGCCCGCACCGCGACAAGAGCUGCAUGGGCAAAACGCGGCCCCGUCCGACGUGAUCCCAAAGUGCGUCUCGUGCCCCUGCGGGCGCAGGAAGGGCGCGCAGGCGGCCGCGAGGCGGACAAGAAUGCGUCGUUUGGCCAGCGCCGCGCCCAGUUCUCUGCACUGGGCAACGGCAAGGGGAAAGGCCGCGCGUCGCAUGACGAAGUGCACCGCACGGCUGACGGUGGGAUGGAGGUCACCUUCGUCCCGCGGACGUCGUCGUCCACCAACGAGUACGACGAUGAGCAACCCGCGGCGGCGUGGGGCCAGGGCAAGAAGGGCAAGGCGAAGGAAGGCAAGCGGAAGGGCGUGGAGGAGUUCGGCGCGGGCAUGGAGCGUGGUGGGGAGGACCCGGACGUGGAGAUGAGCGAGGCGGACAGGAAGGGGCGGACAAGGCGGCGGCAGGGGAUGCGCAGUGGGAGCAAGAACACAUUCCGGAGGAUGUGA